UGUGGGUGAGAUCUAGUAUUGAGUUUUUGUAUUUUACUGGUGAACUAGGUGAUGUCAACCACAACAGUGUCUUAGUUUGAUCCCAUUUUGAGAGUUUUAUAGACUUUCAAACCAACAAAGAAAGAUGCUAUUUUUAACCAUACUUGUGUUUGGCUACAUCUCCUCUACGCAGCAGGAACCUCUCAACCCUAAUGGUCAUGAUAUUAUUGAGCAACUGUUGAAUGCAGUGAUGCAGGCUUUCAAAAAUCUGACUUCUGCAACGGAAGCAGAUCUGGAGAGCCUAGCGAUUCCGCUUGAAGGAGAGACUUUGUGUAUCACUUGCAGAGCUUUAUUUGACUUCUUCAUCACAGCUUACAAACUCCAGCUUCCCGACCCAGUAUUGAGGGCUUUACUAGUCAGGUUGUGUACAUCUUUGUUUACUGAGUCUGUUUGUCAAGGAGUUGUGGAUCUCAAUGUGCCAGUAUUUAUUGAAAUUGGAAAGAGGAAACCUGAUUUAAACUCGUAUCAAAUCUGUGGAACAGUUUUUGAGCAAUACUGUAAUAGGGAAGAGCCAGUUGUGGAGUGGUCGCUAGAUAUUCCUGAGAAGAAUGAGACUAACCAAACGAACAAUUCGACGUCAAAACAAAGCAAAGACGCCAAUAGCGCUCAGGAUAUAAUAGAGAUAUGUCAUGUGACUGAUACCCACGUAGACCGAAAGUAUGCAGCAGGGGCGAAGAGCACAAGCUGCAGAGAGCCUAUCUGCUGCAGGUAUUACCAAGGUGAACCUGAGCCGGGAGAAGAACCCGCUGGUACCUGGGGCAGUUACCCUAGCUGUGAUAUUCCAAGAAGUUCUGCGGAGGAUGCUUUGACUGUAGCUGCCGCAAAUAAUGAGAAGCCGCCGCGCCAGGUAGUGGGGGGAGUCGGCUGCCGCGUGACGUCACCUGGUUGCCUCGCCCAGCGUUUCUGCAUUGGAUCACCGCUUGUUUGUUUACAUUUGUUGCGCUAA